AUGGCGUCCAAUGAGACCUCCCACAAGACGCCCGAGGAGACUCACUUAUACGUCGUCAAAAACAAAAGACGUCUAUACGUGACUGUUUUCCCAAAUGACGACGCUCCAGACGACAAAGAAAGCUUCAGCUGGGGCUUCCUCAUCGGGCCAAAGUACGAAGACUCAGUCAGCAACUCGGGCAAGCGAUACUACGUCGAGCGCACGCAUCUGGGGACGGCCGAGGAACCCGACAUCUUCCUCUGGCGGUACGCCGUGGUCCAUCUCCCCAACGUCGCCUCCGCCGCCCGCAUGUACGCGCGCAUCCUGAUUGCCAAGGUGGAACACGAGGGCCGUCUGGAAGACCUCAUGAGCAGCACGCCCCGGCCGGACUCGACCGCGGCCGGCGCCAUUGCCAGGGCGCUGCACGACGGCUACGACUCGCAGGUGUGGGCGUCGCAGGUGCUCGGGCGGCUGGCCAGCGUCGGCAGCAAGGACCGCGUCGUGGGCACGGCGGUGCUGGACUGGCCGCGGAUCGAGCUGACGGCACGGCGGUAUGUGGCGGAGAAGAUGGCGACCGAUAGAUACAACGAGCGCUAUCUGAAAGAGACGGAUUGUCGACUGCCGAAGCCGACGUGGGAUAUGCUGCUGGAUAAAGAGGUUGUUGGUUGA